AUGAGCAUGAGCGAUUUCUUGCCUUUCACAACUGUAGCAAUAAUUGGUGCAGGAUUCUCAGGACUGGGAAUUGCGUGUCAACUGAAGAAAAAACUAAAUUUCACUGAUUUUAUGAUCUUUGAACGCGCGUCCGGACUUGGAGGAACUUGGCGCUCAAACACAUACCCUGGAUGUGGUGUCGAUGUUCCGGCCGUAUUGUACAGUCUGUCAUUCGCACCAAAUUCGAACUUCUCAAAACUAUUUCCAGAUCAAGACGAAAUUCUGUCCUAUCUCCAAAGGCUUGCUGUAGACUUUAACAUCUGUUCAAGCAUCAGAUACAACAUCUCUUGUGAAAGCGCAAAGUGGCAGGAGAAGACCGGAACCUGGCUCUUGAAACUUCAAGUGAGUCAUACUGGCGAAAUUAUUGAGCACCAUUGUAAAGUCCUCAUCUCCGCCGUUGGUCGUUUGGUUGUACCAAAUUCAUUCGAGAUUCCUGGCCGAGGUGAAUUUCAUGGACAGAUCGUGCAUAGUGCACAGUGGAGGUCCGAUAUCAGUGUCAAAGACAAGGACAUAAUCGUCAUCGGCAACGGUUGUUCCGGCUCACAGAUCGUCCCCGCCAUUGCAGAUGAAGCAAAGAACGUAUACCACUUCAUGAGACCCAUGGAUCGGUGGCGUUUUGGCUCCAUUGGGAAGUCAAUGUUUCAAUAUAUUCCAAUCUUAUUAAAGCUUCUUCGAUUUCUUGUAUUUGCAUAUCUGGAAAUGACUUUCCAAUCUUUCUCUCUUGGUCAAACUACACAGCAGCCGAGAUCACGAGUUCGAGCAAAGGCUAAUACUUAUGUUCAACGAUCUGCACCAGCCGAGUAUUGGAAUCUUUUGAUCCCAAAGUACGCCCUUGGAUGCAAGAGAAAAAUCUUAGAUCCAGGCUAUCUGGAAUCGUUACACAGGCAGAAUGUUCAUCUCACCGAUGACAGAAUUAUUUCUUUAAAGAGAUGCGGCUUGGUGACAAGUUCGGGAAAAGAUUACCCGGCAGACAUUAUCAUCGUUGCUAAUGGCUUCAACUCCUUCUUCUAUGAAAUGAGCGUGGUCGGUCGACGUGGUGAAACUCUCGUCAGCCAUUGGAAAACCUUUGGGGGCAUUGAAGCUUAUAAGACAACGGCCUUAGCUGGCUUUCCAAAUUUCUUUUUGUUAUCUGGACCCAACUCCGUUAGCGGGCACAGCUCUUCGGUGUUUUCGAUCGAGAGCACUAUCGACCUCAUUGUAAAGGCUGUCAAACCAGUUUUGGAAAGACAUGCCAUUGAAGUAGAAGUGAAGUCCGAGGCUGAACAAAAAUGGGUUAACGACGUUCAAACCGCAUUGAAGUCGCGUGUUUAUGCAGAUAAUUGUGCCACGUACUACGUCGAUCAGAAAACCGGCUGGAACUUUACAAAUUAUCCAUGGAGCUUUGUUCAUUUAUGGUGGAGCAAUAAAUUCCCUGACAUGCGCGACUGGUCUUACCGCUACUUGGAUUAA